CAGGAGGCGGUGAUGAACCUCUCAGCUGGUUUACCAGCCGCCAAUAAACACCACAGAAGAAGAAGAAGAAGCAGUUUGACCUUCUAGUGAACUACUUCCUGUUAGAGUCAGCUCGUCUCCAUCAACAUGUCUCUGCUGAAGCUGUGGACACCUCACAGUCUCUUAGCACGGGUUGUCUGCCCGCUGUUCAGCCGCAGUGCAGCGGUACCGCGGCUCGGCCCUGCUGCAUCGCUCCACACUGACACCCCCCAGCUGAACUCCAACAGGACGUCAGUGGUCCGCUGCGGCCGUCAGAAGUAUGAGAGACUUUACCCGGUGAUGCUGGUCCGACCUGAUGGAUCCACCGUCAACAUCAGAUACAGAGAACCCAGACGAGUCCUCAUGAUGCCCGUCAAUCUGUCCACUCUGACCGAAGAGGAGCGUCGAGCUCGACAGAAAAAGAGAGAAGUGAAGAAGACGAAAAAACCGACGACAGUCCACUAUGAAGAUGACUUCAAAGUUGACAAAUACAGCCAGUUCUGGAGGAAGAAAUGACGUCUUUAUAUGUGAAUGUAAAGCAUGACUGGGUCAGUCUUUGUACAGAUAACACUCUCACCUCAAGCUUCCAUAUGUCCACAUACAGUAUGUUUUAAUCAGAUGGUUUUCAUGCCAAACAAGUGAUCCCUCCAAAAGACUAAAUUGUGGGACACAGAAGCCCAGACCAAGGACCUUUGAAUGGCAGGAUGACUGACUGAACACCACGUGCUGCUGAGUGCUAGGACUCUCUUACUGUCCUUGAAGUGUGAACAACUUGCUAAAGCUGGAAUUCGUAACAAUGUUGAGUUAAUAAAUUGGUUUAAAGCCGUGUAUCUGUGGUAAAUUUUAAUAAAACACACCAGACACGCUGCUUUAUUUCCUCAUUCAUUCAGUCAAAAGUUGACUUUGUGUCUCAUAUUAGUUUGUUACUCAGGACAGUCUGGUAAACGAUGAAUUAAUGGACAACACUGAAUAAAACUUUAUUAUAUUAUUGACA